CUCUCGACUCUCGGCUCUCGUUGUCUUUUUGUUUUUCCUCGAGCAUUCCCGUGAGUACCGCGAAGUUUCUGCUUGUACUAUACGUCAAGCGUUUACCCAAUCUCGAGCUCUAACCCCCAACCCUAACCCUAGAUGCUCACAAAUCGACUCCAAAGACUAACCUGCUAUGGCGGACCUGCCGCCGGAUAUUAUCAUCGCCGUGCUCUACCGGCUGCCAGUCCGGCCGCUUCUUCAGUUCCGGUCCGUGUCCAAGCCAUUCCGCUCUCUGAUCGAUAGCACGGACUUCAUUAAUCUCCACCUCAAGAACUCCAUAGACACAGGCUCUAACCUCAGCCUCAUACUCCGGAGGGACUCCGAGAUCUGUCUUAUCAACCUUGACGCGUUAAGCGACGCCGUCGAGGAGGCUCAUCCUCUGAUGUGCUACAGCAACCAGAUCUUAAUACUGGGAUCCACCAACGGCUUGAUCUGCAUCUCCAACGUGGCCGAAGACAUCGCACUUUGGAAUCCAUUGAUCAGAAGGCACAAGGUCAUACCCUUUUUGCCCAUUGAGCGAAUCGGGUCGAGCUUGCUGGCCACGCGGGUUUUCGGGUUCGGGUACGACCCAGAGAACGAAGACUACAAGCUGGUGAGGAUUUCGCAGUUCAUCAAUUUGGGUAACGAAGGGUGUGUGUCCAAAGUUAAGGUUUAUAGUCUGAGAGCGAACGAGUGGAGAGACUCAGAGGAUAUGCCUUAUGUUCUGUGUUAUACGAGGAAGAAUGGGACCUUCGCGAGUGGUGCUUUGCAUUGGGUGGUGAACCGGAAGUUCAACGAAGAGGCUGAUCUGAUUGUCGCGUUUGAUCUGACGGCUGAGAAAUUUAGGGAGGUCCCACUGCCCGAGUGUGCGGAGGAGAGAUUUCACAUUGACGUGGGUGUAUUGGGUGGGUGCGUGUGUAUGAUAGCGACUUACCAGGAUGUUCGUAUUGAUGUUUGGGUGAUGACGGAGUAUGGGGUCAAGAAGUCUUGGGCUAAGCUGUUUUCGGUUGCACAAGCUGAGGAGGUUGUUGGGUCAUUCAAGCAUUUGAGGCCCUUGGCUUAUUCCAAGACUGUUGGGGAGGUUCUGUUGGAGCUUGACAAUCAGAGGCUUGUGUGGUACGAUUUGAGGAGGAAAAGGGUCGAGAAUGUGAGCGUUGGUGGUUUACCGGAUUCGUUUGAGGCCGAGACUUUGGUCGGGAGUCUUGUACCGGUCGAGGCGCGUAGAAGAGAUCAUGGCAGGGAGCACAAUUUAGGAGAUGAGAAAAAUAAGAAGAGGGAUGAUUUCCUGUCAGAGGGCUUCAAGUUGGUGCUAUAAGCAAACAGAAAGAUGAACGGAAGCGUGGAAAAAAUGGCGAAAAGUGAAGGGAGGGAGCUAGGCUUGAUCAUCUGAGAAUGCUUGAAGAUGGUAGGAAACAUUAACCACAAAUUCACAAUGCUGUCUAUCAUAUGCCUUUGCUUGAAUGAGUAUACUUUUUCAGGGUUUUUUUUUUCUCUGAUUAGUGGCAUAUAAUGUCCACUUGUAUAAGGUGUUUGUACCUUGUAGUUACUGUGGGUUUGGUGAAUUGACUAUAUACGAAAUUAUGUAUAUAUAUAUAUAUAUUUUCUCUGUU